GUCUCACUCAGUGAGUCAACUAAGAUGGGCUUAAAAAUUUACUCCUUAUUUUGUAUAGGUCUAAUAUUGUUUCCAAUUGCAUGCAAAUGUGAAAUAUAUUUCUCUGAAAGGUUUUCAUCUACUUUGUCCUGCUCAAAUUAUUUAAGCAAAGGACUGAAAGAUGAAAUUAAUUCCUAUAGCAAUAUUGUUCAAGACAUAAUGACACGGAUGCAGUCUGCUCCUCUUAGAGAAGUACUUAUUGAUGAGUACGACAAAUUCAUUGACAAAUUUGGGGCUCGACCAUCAGGUAGCAAAGUUUUAGAAGAUUCCAUAGAUUAUAUGGUUAAUUUAACAAUCGCAUAUGGUAUCAACGAAGUGAAGACUGAAGAGCUAGAGGUUUUACGUGGGGAAAAUUGGUUACCAUAUCGACCCGGAUUCGAAACUCUGGAUUACUUUAGAAAAAACUAUAGUAAGCAGAUUCGGGAUACUAAUCAACCAACUGGAUUGGCUAAUGAUCAAGGUGAGAAAUGGAAAGAGUUAAGAACUACAGUCAAUCCAAUAAUAUUACAGCUGAAGACUAUUAGGCAGUACAAGAAUAUAAUUAGCGAGGUCACUCUGGAGUUGAUAAAACAGAUAAAAAUGAUGCGGAAUAAUGAAAAUAGUUCGUGCAAACUUGAUAUGAUCGUUAAAUUAUGGGCCUUAGAAAGCAUUUGUGUGAUUGCUGUUGGUCGACGUUUACAUUGCUUCGAUCCCAACUUACCGGAAAAUUCACCUGCAAAGAAGUUUGUCAAGAUAAUUCAGGAAUUCUUUGAUACUAUUGAUCAGUUGGAAUUUAAGCCCAGUCUUUGGAGAUACAUCUCUACAUCGGCUUUCAGAAAAGCUAUGGCGAUGUACGAGGAGGAAGAAAAGUUAAUUCAAUACUUUAUUAAAAGUGCCCACAGAAAUUCUUCUGUGAAAGAAUCUGAAAUCAGUGUUCUAGAAAAAAUACUGGCAAUCGAUGAAAAUUUAGCUGUUAUUCUAGCGGGGGAUCUUAUAUUUGGCGGAGUAGAUACGGCAAGUGGCAAAUACAAUAUUCAAUACGUUAUAUCUCCUUGCAAUAAAUCCAACAGUACAAAACAAUUUACGAGAUCAUCUGAUUCGUGGGGAUGAGCAGGAAUUGUAUUUAAAAUCAGUUAUAAAGGAGUCUAUGAGGAUGCU